GUGGCAAAUCUAUCAGGGCCAUUACCAAUACGCUAUAGAGCAAUCUUGUGGUGAAGUCGAUGACAAUGUAUUAAGAAAUAUUACAGAUAUUUUUAAAUCCGGAUAUUACUGGUUAAAAGAUUCACAGAUGUUCGAGAAAAAAACAUUUCACGGACAGUAUGCUGACUGGAAUCAUAUGCUAGAAGGCAACCCUUUUUUAAAAUGCGGUUCAUUUUCUAAAGAUGCUGGACCGUACUUCAGGAUGUGUACGGACAAAAUCCAAUCACUCUGCCAUUUUGUCAAACCACCUGAUACAGGCAUUUAUGAAACAUGUUUUAAAGAUUCAACAACUGCGACAAAAAGCUCAGCACUCUCUACCGGUUUCUCAACAACAAACCAUCAAGUGACGAAGCCAACAUCUCGCCAGAAUCAGACGAAAACUUCAAAGGAAGUACUGGGAGAAGAAGGAAAAGAUUCAAAUCUUGGUAAGACAGUAGGUUUGUCAGUUGGACUGAGCUUGGCCGUGAUCGGCGGGAUUAUAUUUGUCAUUUACAUGUUCAGAAGAUACAAAUGUUGGAAAUCAACUAGCCACGGAAAUAACAGUAAAGCCAAACGUCCAGGUAAAAAAUCUUCAACGGAGCGAGUUAUUGCCUAUGUUAACUCUUCGUAUGAUGUAACUCCAAAUGAAUACAGUUUUGUGAACAAAACAAGUAAUAAAGUAAGUAACGAUGGAGAACAGUGUUACGUCACAGAAGAAGAAUAUGAUGUUUCUUUUAACGUUCAAAGUAACAGCUCAAACACAUCCAAUAAUAUCUACAACACGAUGCAAAGCGAGGCAUAUGGCUCGACAAACAACGUAAGCAGAGGAGUGCAUUGUGACAAUGUGUAUGACAGAACACAGCGCCAAGAAACAGAUUCAGUGUACAAUUCUGCUAGACAAAUAAAAGAUUUAACUCAGUGUGAUAACGUAUAUAAUCACUUAUCGGAAGCUACCGCCAGAGAUGAUCAAAAUUAUUAUGAGUCUACAUUAAACACGAAUAAGUUUGACCUUGUUACAGAUCAAACUUACGGUAAGCUGAAAUAGAUGGAAAGGCUAAAAAGCAUUUAUGCAAUACAUACAUAUGUUUUGGCAAAGUCAAGCACACUUUAAUACACCAACAUUUAUAACUUGAAAGUAUUCUUAUCUGUUACUGAAAAUUUGCAGAAUAACAGUUUGGUUAAUGUUUGUUAAAGAUUUUACACCUAGUCACAAACGGAGGGAGACGACUGAAUAUAAAACGGGCAAGACAAUAUCUAGGCGUUACUUCCCUUGACCGAUAAAAAGAGGUCAGAACUUGAUGCUCGUUGAUGAAAGUACACUGCUAUCAUUAAAUACGCAUUUGUUCAUUUAUACUUUUUUCCUAUGACUUAUAUAUAUAACUAAAUAAUACAUAAGCUAUAACCAUGUUUAACAGAAAUGUAGUACAUUUGAAUGAAAUUAAUUAACACUUCGUUUGAUAGGUAGUACAUAUAUGUAGCUUUCCGAAAAUGGUCACUACAUGUUACUAUUUUCAGACUGAAUCAUUCCAAUAUUUUAUCUUUCUCAGAACGUAUUUUACACUUUAUAAGCAUUCUCAAAUAAACAAUUGACUGUAUACAAAGUGAGCAGAGUAACUGUAUUGAGUUCACUUCUCAUAUAUGUUUGUCUUACCAUUAGUGUAAAAAAAAGGAUCCUUGACGAAAAUUAAAAUGCUCGCCAUGUCUCCAUUUACCACCGACUUUGAUACUGCACAAAAUACACAAAUAACUGCAAAUUGUUACUUUCAGGCCAGGAGAAUAUUGUUGUUUGGGUAAUUACAUUGUGACGGAUGUUAGGAUUGAUUAAUUUUAAGAACAAGUGCACAACAAUGUUUUAUUCACAUUUACAUCAACGCCAAUAAAUAUAUGAACCUUCAAAGUUGAAGUAGUUGUUUU